AUGGAGACUGUCCUUCAAUACCUUCAAUCUCCGGGCGACGCCAACCAUGGAUAUGGCCUCAUCGCUGCCACUGUCAUUAUUUAUGGUGGCAUCGCGAUCUCAAACGCUUUGUACUUCUACUGGCAAGAAAGAUUUGCCUGCAUGGUACGCGGCAUUCUUUUCACCGCCAUUUAUGACAAGACAGUUUCACUGCCCGCCGACGUUGCCGCCAAUUCCACGGCACUCACGCUGAUGAAUAGCGAUGUCGAACGUGUCAAGAUGGGGCUCCUGCCAAUUCAUGAGUACUGGGCCAACGCCGUUGAGCUGGCCUUGGCCUGCUGGCUGUUGGAGCAAAGAAUUGGUGUUGCCUUUUUGGCACCCAUCGCGGUUGUUAUUGUCUGUAUACUCGCUUCGUCAGGGGUAGCCUCAGCCACCGGCCGCCGUCAGGUUGCUUGGAUGCAGGCUAUCGAAGAGCGUGUCACCGCCACAGCCGUCACGAUAUCAAGCAUGAAGCCGCUACGGAUCUCGGGUAUGACAGUUGCCGUGGAGAAUUUGAUUCAAGCGCUCCGCCACCGCGAGCUGAAAAUCGGAGGAAAGUGGCGCCUCAUGCUCGUCAUUGCAGUCACCCUCUCAUUCACGCCCAUGACGAUUGGCCCGCUCAUGGCUUUUGCAGUCACAUCUCGCACACUAGAGGUCACACGCAUCUUCCCAGCUAUGGCUUUCAUAACGCUUUUGGCUGCCCCUCUGGUCAGUUUGUUCCAGAACAUUCCGGCAUUGAUGUCGGCCAUUGCUUGCAUGGGCCGCAUCAAUGCUUAUGUGAAGCUAGAUAGCCGUAUGGACAGCCGCACGACCCUACAACCCAUCCCGCCAGCUGCUGAGAAGACAGGCGCGGCUCAAACGACUCUAGCGCUUGAGGUGAAGGAAGGACAAUUCGGAUGGAGUCAACGAGAGAAUAUUUUAAGACAUGUCAACUUUGCUGUACCGGCGUCGUCACUCAUCGUCAUUGUUGGUCCUGUUGCAUCAGGAAAAUCAACUCUGCUCAAAGCUCUGCUCAGCGAGACAACUUUCUCCAACAUUAUCGGCAACUCUCAGCCCGAUGAAAUACGAUACCAACAGGCCUUACAUGCCACCGCUCUCGUGCCUGACUUGAGCAAGUUCUCACAAGGCGACCACACCAAGGUCGGCGAUGGCGCCAUUUCUCUGAGUGGCGGCCAAAAGCAACGCCUAGCUCUGGCUCGAGCUCUCUAUUCAAAGGCAGAAUUAUAUUUACUAGAUGAUGUUUUGAGCGGCCUAGAUGUGUCCACCUCAGCUCUGGUUUUCCAAAGGACCCUCGGGCCAGGAGGCCUCCUUCGCCAACGGAAGGCUACUGUAAUCUUCUGCACCCACGAUGAGCGAUACCUGCCCUUUGCCGACAAGGUGGUUACCAUCAAUGCGAGCGGCCUGAUUUCAGAGCGCUCGGUGCUGCACAGGAGGGCACUGCGCACUGUCAUCUGCGCCCCUUUGAGAUUCUUCAGUGUCGUUGACACCGGGACUAUUACCAACCUGUUCGCUCAGGAUUUGACUCUCAUCGAUACAAAGCUCCGCUGUACGCACAUUUCAUCGAGACACUCUCAGGGCUCAUCACCCUUCGGGCUCUUGGUUUGA